AUGGAUAUCAUGCUGCGAAACAGAAGCACUGGUUCGACGGAACCAGUGCCAUUGACACCUCGCGAAGCUGCUUCAGGGAUCUUGGGCUCGAUUUCCCUGACUUGCUGGAUAUUCCUCCUGGUUCCCCAGUUAAUUGAGAAUUAUCGCAAUGGAAGCGCGGAGGCCGUCUCGCUUGCCUUUCUCUUUGUAUGGUUCGUCGGCGACGUGACCAAUUUGAUCGGAGCUGCUUGGGCCGGACUGGUGCCGGUCAUAGUUGCCAUUGCCGUUUACUUCUGUAUCGCGGACGGUGUCCUGAUUUCUCAAUGUCUUUACUACAAAUAUCGCAAUGCACGCCAUGAGGCUCACCGACGACGCUCAUCCACCCCCGAUCCCACUACUCCUCUGCUGGGACGACGCAUGAGCGACAACGGGGGUCUGUCGAGCUCCUCCAUAAACGAUGGCCAGCAGCGGCGUGUUAGUCAGCCGGAGGACGCAUUGGCUAAGAUCGUCGAGGAGACCGAGUCUGGUCGUCAAGCCUGGACGAAGAACGUACUCAGCGUGAUCGCCAUUUGUGGAAUUGGCGCGGCCGGAUGGGUAAUUGCCUGGCAGACGGGAGCUUGGACACCAGCUCCUCAAGAACACGACGGCGAAAAGGACAUGGUUGCGGGAGCGCAAGUGUUGGGAUAUGCCAGUGCCCUGUGCUAUCUGAGUGCGCGCUUGCCUCAGAUCUAUAAAAACUACCGCGAGAAGUCAUGCGAAGGACUCUCCCUUCUCUUCUUCAUCCUUUCCCUUCUAGGCAACCUCACCUACGGUGCAGGGAUCCUCUGCCACUCUACUGCAAGAGACUAUGUUAUCACCAACAUCCCAUGGUUGAUCGGUUCGCUGGGCACCAUGGUUGAGGACGUCACGAUUUUCGGACAGUUCCGCCUGUACGCCGCAGGACAGCGACAAUUUUCAGCAGUAGCCUAG